AUGAGAUUUCCAAAUUUGCGUUUUUUUUCAUGUUUUAGUAGAAUUUUGGAAGAAAAUGAUAUUGAAAAAAUGAUCAGUUAUCCUAUAGAUGAAUUACAGCCAAAAAUACCACGUCUGUACCGUAUUUUAGUUGCAACAGUGCUUCUAAGAUCUCCUAUUAUAUCUCCUGAACAAACGCCUUUUGAAAAGGCUUAUUAUGCAUAUCAAAGACAAUUGAGUGAACGAUUGGCUGCACCUUUUCCUGUAGAAUUUUAUUUUAAAAAGGGCUCUUUGGCUGAAAAAAAAUGGCAUGAGAAUGAGGCAAAAAGACGCAAAACUGGUUUUUUUUCUGACGAUGUUUAUGAUGAAGCUCGAGAAGAAAAAGAGCGUAUUGCUUUGUCUCGUGAAACAGAAGCAGACCGCAAGGGAGACUUGCGUAGUUUAGAAAGGAAAUUAGACAAAACACUUUAUCUUCUUGUGAAGAAGCCUAGAGAAGAGCACUGCUGGCAGUUCCCUCAGGGCUUAGUAACAGACGAUGAUGUGCUGCAUACUGCAGCUAAAAGAUCGCUGAGCAAUAUUUGUGGAAAUAACAUGAAUAUUUGGUACGUUGGUUGUACACCAAUCGGCAAUGGUAAAUAUAAAUAUCCGGAGGGGUAUAGUAAUGAAUUUUAUGGUGCUAAAGUGGGACCAUUUUUUUUAAAUAUGUCACUGAUAUUAGUACAGAUAUUUUUCAUGAGAGCUCGUAUAAUGGCUGGACAAGUAAAGCUGAACAGUACUGUUGCUGUUGAUUGGGUAUGGGUUACAAAAGAUGAGAUACGACAAUAUGUUUCAAAAACUUAUUGGAAUAACAUCCGUGCUAUGCUUUCAUAA